AUGUCAGAAACGCACACCGCUUUGGAAGUAAUUGACUUGUGUUCUUCCGACGAUGAAGUUCUUGAAGAUCAGGGAUCAGGGGGGAGGGUGUCACUGGACCGAAUGGGGAAUUCUGGCAACACUAACAAUGUCUCCAGCACAUGUAACGAUGUCGUCAAUGUUAUCAACAGCAGUGAAAUCGCUUAUAUCUUGCCCGAUCGAAAACGAGCUGCUGAAAUCGAUUUGACGGAAGACUCGUCGGGCAAUGAUCACGCUGAUGAGAAUAAUUUGUCUUCCAUCCAUCUGGACAAUGCAAAAAAGAUGCCGCGACAAAAGAAGUUUCGAGGGGGCGGGCAAGGCUCAUCACGCGACACUCAAAACGAAGUCCAAGAACAUGUUACGGUGUCCAGUGCUGCAUCGUCAGCAUCAUCCUCAUCAUUUUUUCCAACAGCUGCUACUUCCCUUCCCGCCACGACGCCGCAACUUUCAUCGACGAUUCGAAUCGUCUUGGAAAAAGACAAAAGGGUGAAGGAUACGGGCCUCCUACAAGAAGGAAUGAUGGACCUACUAUGUCAACUCAAUCAGACAUCUAAUCCCCCAUUUCUCGCCAAAUUGUGUACCCGACAUCAUGGUGGUGAUGAGGGUCGUCCCUCUGCUACUACUGCCAGCGCCACCAAUCCAUAUGCCAAAAGAAAGAGCCAAACAGCCACAUCAGCAGUACCAUCGUCUACGGUUCGAUGGAUCCAACAACACGAAAAUUGGAGUUGCGGAUAUCGCAGCCUGCAAAUGGUAUUGACCGCACUCUUGCCAAGAUUGCCGAUCCAUCAUGCCUACUAUCAAGUCGUACCGAGACGGGGUUCCUACGUGGCAAUUCCCAGUCUUGGUCAAAUACAAUCGACUUUGGAACAAGCCUGGAAAGAAGGGUACGAUCCACAGGGGGCUCGGCAUUACCAGCGGCGCAUUUUGGGAAAGACUGGAAAAUCAGGGGAACUGGGGGCUUUGGAAAUUUCAUCGGUCAUGGCCUAUUGGGGGUUGGAUGCCACCGUGAUCCAAUUCAUUACGUGUCAUCAAUCUCGAAGACUGUUACCAAUCUUUGUCAAGUCGUACUUUGCCAAGGCCUUGGGAAAGGAAGAUUGCCCUUGUUGCUGUGGUGCCGGCGAUAGGGGUGGCGGUGGUUCCAUUAAAGGUAGUACAGCCAUUCAAAGCGGUGACGCGGGCAAGAAUAUUACGCUUGAUAGUGCCGCCAUGGCCAAUAAGCUCUUGCAGUUUGCCGAGGCCUCCUUGUCCAUUGAGGAAACCUGUGACUGCCCUGUUUUGCCGUUAUACCUCCAAUGGGAAGGACACGCAGUCACGAUUGUGGGCUAUCACGAACAGAAUGACCGUUUCCUAGUAUUUGAUCCUAGGAAAAAGGCGCCAAGAAAUAGCAGUCAGCAGCAGCAGAUACAACCGCCCAAACAUUUGUGGAGCACCUUCCAACUGGAUCCAGAGUAUCUGAGAAAUCGAGAUACUCAAGUUAUCAUUGCUUCCUAUCAGUCACUAUCUCCCACCAAGAAGGAAAGCCGAAGGCAACAAUUGGAGGUAGUGACAGCUGCUGAAGCAGACGUUCUUAGGGCAGUUGCUGCUUCCCAAUCAUGA